AUGGCACUACCUAUGCUUGUGACCGGGGCGGAAUGCGGGCCUGUCAACCCCUUGCAAGGACUAGCGAAGAGGCUCGAUCAAGAUCGAGGUUUACAGCAAGAUUACUUUGGUGCAUCCGGUGCUGGGAGCUCUAAAGAGGCCUUCCGGUCACAGCAGGCCGCUGCUCCAGGUUUCCAGCAGGAUGCUGCCCGUUUUUUCUCCGAAGCGCGAAGUCCAGUCCCCAGCUUUCCAGGAGCAUCUUCAUUCGAUAUGUCGGCUCUGAGGGUGUCUAUUCCGCCCGUACAAACCAGGCCUAUGCAAACUAUCCCAGGACCUUCAUCUGCCGGGGUGGAUUGGGCGGCGGACUUCAUGCAGAUCAUGCCUGGUCCGUCGUCGAGCAGGCAGGAGCGCAAGAUCGCGGCUCCAGUACCUAGCGCUCAAACACAGGCCCAUCAACAACCGUCCUCGCUGGGGCCGCUGCAACACCAACCACCCCUUGGGGUCAUGAACCAGCCAAACCCUCUAUGGUCUGCGCCCGUGCAAGCCCAUAUUAUGAGCCCCAUGCCAUUCGCCCCCGCUCAGAUAUCUCACGCUCAAGAAGAACGACAGAUAACUCAACACGAUGCUGCCAAAUGGGAGAAAGCUUUCCUCACCCAAUUUCAUCGGGGAGACUUCAUUCCAGAUUCGCAAAUCUCAUCUGAACCAACGACAUCGCAACCUGAGACACAGAACGCGGCGGUGGAGCAGGACGAGCUCGCACGGACCGCGGGGCGCCUCAUCGAGGCCAUAUCGCACGAGCAGAAUCCCAAGUUCAAGAACAGCCAGUUUCUGGGCAUGAUGCGCCAGCUUCGCGAUCGGGAGAUGGUCGUCGAAGGAAACCAAAUGGUCGAGGCUGAUCCGGCGGGCGUUUUGACCACGGGCGCGGAGGUCAAGGUAGACCUCAAGGGCAAGGGAAGAGCAGAACCCAACACUUUGGCUUCUGUUCAAAUGACCGGUCGAUGGAAAGAACCAGGGGAGCCUAUUGUAGGGUCCGAAAUCCUCACCGAGUCCCCUUUCCAAGUGUUGACCAACGCCUUGGCGCAAGUGACUGAGAAAACGAGUGCAGAAAACGCGGCAUCCGCGGAGAGCCGGGAGGAGGACCCGAACGACGCAUACUUUCGUCAGGAGAACGAGGAGUACGCCAAUUUCAUGAAUGAGAUGUACGCGGACCACUACGAGGCAACCGCCUCUGGCUCUACGUCGACAUCCGCGCAGCAGGCGGAGUGGGGCCACCUACAAGAGAGCUGGGAUCGGUUUGAGGCGACAAGCGUGGGCAUCCGACGAAUGUCGCAGUAUACCUUCACGGCGAACAAUCCGUAUGUGCUCGGUGAAGCGUCGCGGACGAGACACCAUAUGAUGCAUACCAAAGACUUAACCCAUUACCAGAAUGUGUUGGAGAUGGAAGCGGCCGUUCAGCGCGACCCAAACAACGCGCGCGCCUGGUACGAGCUCGGUGUCAAGCAACAAGAGAAUGAACGUGAAGCCAAGGCGAUCGCCGCGCUCCAGCGUUCGCUGGAGCUUGACCCGGAGCAUCUCCCGUCCUGGUUGGCGCUUGCGAUUUCGUACACGAACGAAGGAAACCGUAUGGGCAGCUUCCACGCGAUCAGGGAAUGGGUCGGCAGGAACAAGACGUACGAGGGCGCGGUACGGGAGCACCGAAGCCUGCGGUCCGAGGCGGAGGUGGAUGGCGCGGGGCAGUCAGAGAGGGUGAAGGACUUGGUCGACUGCCUGAUUACUAUGGCGAGAAGCCGGGCUGGGAGCGAGCUCGACGCGGACAUCCAGAUUGCGUUGGCUGUCUUACUGAACAACCAUGAGGAUUAUGCCAAGUCGCGGGACUGCUUCCGUGCCGCACUUGAAGUGCGACCGGAGGACUGGCAGCUCUGGAACCGCGUAGGCGCUACAUUGGCCAACAGCGGAAACGCGGAGGAAGCGCUGCAUUAUUACACUCAAGCAUUGGAGCUGAACCCUGUCUACAUUCGGGCCCGAUACAAUGUAGGGAUUGCGCUCAUCAACCUUCGUAGAUACGAAGAGGCUGCGCAACACUUUUUGGACGCACUAGCGCUACAAGAGAGCGAGAGCGUGCGCGACGCAAACGGCGUGGACGACAAACGUGGUGUCACGUCUGACUCGUUGUGGGAUAGCCUGAAGACGUCGUGCAUCCACAUGCAGAGGCCGGAUAUGGCGACUAUGUGUGACACGAGAAACUUGGAGGGUGUGUUCUUGGUUUUACAAGCACUGGAAAGACGCUUCUCUGACGUACUUGGUUUGUCGCGCAGGCAUUCGCACCCAGUUGGAGCGGGGAAUACAAGGGGUAUAAAUACUUCAACGUCAGGAAGGAUCUAUAGUACACAUUGUAAACCACGCAUACAUGGAGGCUAUUCGGAUCGUCGAAGCGACCACAUACUCCACGUGGACCCUGGCUACGGUCACAACCCGAGCCGCUGA